AUGUCCCUGCAAACUGUAUGGCUGUUAGUGUUCACAAGUCUUAUUUUCUACACUCCGAAAGUUCUCUGUUUUAUAAUAACUGACCAGAACACUGAUAUUACUUUCCAACAGUUUGCGAAGGAAGUAACCACGAAAUUAAUUCAGCUUCAAACAGAGGUUGAUUCCCUGAAAGCAAAAGCUGCAAAGGAUGUCGUCGUGGCUUUCCACGCUGAAAUUAGUGUCGGGUUGACGGAUAUGCUCACUCACAGCGUCAUCCGGUUUAACAAAGUCGACGUCAACAUUGGCAACGGCUACAACAGCGGAUCUGGCAUGUUUCGAGCCCCGGUCAGCGGGGUAUAUCUGAUUUUUCUCCAGGUUUACUCAGUACCAGGUCACUUUGUUGCCAUUAGUCUGUUUAAAAAAGGCAUGGAAGUUAACGAAGCGGUGGCUGGCUCAGGUGGCUAUCAUACCAGUACCGUGGCACAGAUGAUGCAUCUAAACAAGGGAGAAGAUGUUUGGGAACAACAUCUUGUCGGAGAUACAAGUCUUAACAAAUAUCAUCGAGUACACUUUUCAGGAUUUCUGCUAAAGGCCGAUUAA